AUGGCUGUUACAAGACAUUACGACCCGUUGUCGAUCAGAAAACAAUCACUUAAUUUUACAAAUAAUCAAAACAAUUUAUCGGUUUGUGAUUUUCGAUUCCUCGCCUUCGAUCGACUUUUGUCCAUUCUUAGAUCUGAUCUACAAGAUGCGCAAGAAUUGAAAAUCCGACCUAAGCCUAAAUGA